AUGCAGCUGGCAGGGAGAUGGUUCCUGGUCGGCCUGGCCUCCCGCUGCAGCUACCUGGCGGAGCACAGCCACCGGCUGGAGGCCACGGCGGUGAUGGUGACCAUCCUGGAUGGGCAGAGCCUGGCCAUCAGCACCUUCAGGAAGCUGGAUGGGAUGUGCUGGGAAAUCAGGCAGCGCUACCUCCCUGCCCGGGCCCGCGGACGCUUCCUCCUGAAGGGCCGUGGCUAUGGCAGCAAGGGGGGGGGGGGGGGCGGCGAGACGGACUACAGCAGCUACGCCAUCCUCUACUACCAGAAGGGACGCAGCAUCUCUGUCAAGCUCUACGGACGGGCCAGCCAGGUCAGUGACGCUGUCGUGGACAAGUUUGAGCAGCGCGUCAGGGCUGUGGGCCUGAGCGAAGACGUGACCUACUACUUCCCCACAUACGGGUUUUGUGACUCUGCAGAUGAGUUUCACGUCCUCGAUGGGACUUAUGUAAGGGACCGCCACGUGACUCGCCCGAAGCCAGCCCCCGUCCCCGCUGCCCACGUGCGGGGCAGUUGUGUCCGGCCACGCUCGCAGACCCCCCCCAGGCCGCCCGGUUGA